GGCCCACUCCAAUUGAGAUCCAGCCCCGAUAUCCUACCGCAUGUGCUCGCUUUCAGGGGCUACAUUUGCCAUUGAUCGGGCUGCUUGCGCCUAAUGGCUGGCAUUUUCUGAACCCGAACGGACUGUGCCUGGGCGGGCAUCUCUCUUUGGGCUCGUGGUGAGGCCUUGUGUCGGAGGUGCCUUGAUAGGGAUGGGAUGUAUCACCGUCUGGGACGCACUGUGCGAGCGGGUGUACCCCAGUAUCGCGGCGGGCAAACCUACGCGCACUUGACGGCGUGCCGCCAAGCGUGGAUGCACGUUCCCCAAGAUGCUGAGAGCCCACCUCGCGAUAGCUACCACCAAAGAAACGCCAACCCGUCAAUUAUCAAUUGUUUGAAUCGAUUUGCGAUCCACGGCGCCGCCAUUCCCCCCCGCGCACAUAUAUAAAGUCUAAACCAAACAAGAAAUACCCAAGGUCCCCGGCUACGCUGCACCUGGUCGACCAACGGAAACGCCUACCAAUCGUGCCCUCUCGACCGGCCGCUCAUGGAGAUAGACAGCACCCCCACGGGGGCAGCUGUGAACGGGGGAGGCCCUCUGCUUUCCGGCGGCCCAUUAGGCGGCGGCAACACCGAACUCACGCACAUCAUAUCGACCUUCAGGCCCACCAAGCUAUUUCGCCGCCAAGACGUAAAGACAGACAAGCCGCCGCCGCACGUCCUGUCGCUGGACUACAACGACCCCGGAGAGCUUUGCAUGACGUCGGAGAGCGACGAGACCAUCCAGCUGUACCACGUCAAGGAGGGUCGGCACGAGAAGAGCCUUGCGAGCAAAAAGUACGGCGUCAAGUUGGCAAAGUUCACGCACAGCGGGACGAGUAUAAUAUACGCCAGUACCAAGCAAAACGAUGCUAUCCGAUAUCUCGAAACGUUCGACAAUAGCUUCAUUCGCUACUUCGAGGGCCAUAAGGAGGCCGUUACGAACCUUGCGAUGCAUCCUGGGAGCGACAGUUUCAUCUCGGCAAGCCGCGACAAUACGGUGCGGCUAUGGAACGUCAACUCUAGAAACGCCGUCGGUCACUUGUUCCUCAACACCCCGUACCUCCUGGCAUGGGACCCGUCGGGUGAGGUGUUCGCCGUCGGGUCGCCGAGGAGCGGAUCCGUGCUCCUGUACGAUUACCGAAACUUCAAUAAGGCGCCGUUUGCGACAUUCGACAUCGUGGAUGCCUGUAGGGAGGCAGAUCCGUCUCGUGUGCUCAAGGGGUGGACGAAGCUUGAGUUCUCCAACGACGGCAAGUCCGUCCUGCUGGGCACCAACGGGGGCGGGCAUUUCCUACUGGACGCGUUCGAGGGCAAGCUCAAGGCGUUUCUGCGGAAGCCCGACGGCGGAACCUCGCGGCCCGCGGUAGGGGAGGCGGGGCGAGGAGAGGUCGAGAGCAGCGGGGACUGCUGCUUUACUCCAGAUGGCAGGUUCGUCAUGGGCGGGACCAGGGGACAGAAUGUGCUUGUUUGGGACGUCCACGGCGGCGGCAGGGACAGCAAGGUCGUGGACCCGACGCACGUGCUGCAGAGCAAGAAGGAGGCCGCUGUGCUCGCCUUCAACCCCAGGUUCAACCUCUUUGCCACAGCCGACAACGACGUCGUGUUCUGGAUGCCCGACCCUUACGUAUAGUUGGGCACAUCGGUGUUUGCGCAGCAAGCAGACCAGGCCUUGAGGGCAUGCGUGUGGGGGACUUGCUCUCGGUGUUUGGGAUAACUAAUGACAGAAGGUCGUGCCUCCUUUUUUAAUACCAUCUCAUGUUCUGCAACAGAACGUACCACUUACUGAUGCACCCCGCCUGACUGCUAUAA